CAUGCUCAGGUUAGAUCACAAACUCAGAAACUCAUCCAAGCUACUCAACAACCAGCCAACUCCAAACACCAUGGCCUGCUGCAAUACUAGCUUCUGUGGCUUUCCCACUUGCUCCACUGGUGGCUUUGGUGGCUCCAGCUGCUGCCAGCCAAGCUUUUGUGAGACCAGCUGCUUCCAGCCAGGCUGCUAUGAGGCUGGAUAUGGCAUCGGCGGCGGCAUUGGCUGUGGCAUCGGUGGCGGCUUUGGCUGUGGCAUCGGUGGCGGCAUCGGCUAUGGCAUCGGUGGCGGCAUUGGCUUUGGCCAACAGGGUGGCAGCGGAGGCGUGAGCUCCCGCACCAGAUGGUGCCGCCCAGACUGCCGCGUGGAGGGCACCAGCCUGCCCCCUUGCUGUGUGGUGAGCUCUAUUCCCCCAACCUGCUGCCAGCUGCACCAUGCCCAGGCCUCCUGCUGCCGCCCAGCCUACUGCGGACAGUCCUGCUGCCGCCCAGCCUGCUGCAGCUACUGCUGGUAACCUACCUGUUAAGAGCCAGGUUACAGAUUUUUCAAUUUGCCAAGAUCAUGGUAUUCUUGAAUUGUGCAUCUCUUUGAUCAACCCUGGACCGGUAACAAAUUCUCAAACCUUUUCUUCAUCAUCUGUUAUGGGGCCGCAGAGUACAGAUGCAUCACAACACUGUCUGGGUCUGUUCUACAAUCAAUAUCUUGGCUCUCUACGAUGGAUCCAGAAAUGCCGAGACCCCACAUGCCGAUCACCAAAC